AUGUCUGUAGCCAAGUUCUUUGAUUACGUCGAAGCUCACCAAUCUGACUUCAUUGAUCGUCUUCGUAAGGCCGUCGAGAUCCCCAGUGUGAGUAGCGAGGCUGCUCGUCGCCCAGACGUUGUUCGCAUGAGCGAAUUCCUUGUCUCUGAGCUUGAGACUCUUGGUGCUAGCGUUGAGACACGCGACGUUGGUAUGCAAAAGAUGCAUGACGGAACUACCUUGAAGCUUCCUCCUGUUGUCCUCGCUACCUAUGGCAACGAUCCUGCAAAGAAGACUGUCCUUGUCUAUGGACAUUAUGACGUUCAACCUGCUCUUAAGGAAGACGGUUGGAACACCGAUCCUUUCACCCUCGUUGAGGAUGAGGAGGGUCGUCUUCUCGGUCGUGGCAGCACAGACGAUAAGGGUCCUAUUCUUGGAUGGAUCAAUGUUAUCGAAGCCCACAAGAGCUUGGGUCUCGAACUUCCCGUCAACUUGAAGAUGUGCUUUGAAGGUAUGGAGGAGUCUGGCUCUGAGGGUCUUGAUGACCUUAUCCUUCUCGAGGCCAAGAAAUACUUUGCCGAUGUUGAUGUUGUCUGCAUUUCUGAUAACUACUGGCUCGGUACCACCAAGCCCUGCUUGACUUAUGGUCUUCGCGGAGUAUCUUACUUCCAUCUUAGCAUCAAGGGACCUGGCAGAGAUUUGCACUCUGGUGUCUUUGGAGGCACUGUCCACGAACCUAUGACUGAUCUUUUUGCUGUUAUGAGCAACUUGGUCGCUCCUAACGGUAAGAUCCUCAUCCCUGGUAUCUAUGACCAGGUUGCCCCUCUCACUGAGGAGGAAGAACGUACAUACGAUAACUUGGCUUUCCAGAUGGACGAGCUCCAUAGUGCUGUUGGUAGCAAGGUCAACAUUUUCGAUAGCGAACGUGAUAUCUUGCAACACCGCUGGAGAUACCCUUCCCUUUCUAUUCACGGUGUUGAAGGUGCCUUCUACAAUGCAGGUGACAAGACUGUAGUCCCAGCUAAGGUUAUCGGAAAGUUCUCUAUCCGUUCCGUUCCUGAUAUGGAACCUGAGAAGAUUACCGAACUUGUUAAGAAGCACAUUGAAUCCGAAUUCGCAAAGCUCAACAGCAAGAAUGUCCUCAACAUCGAGUGCAGCCACGCUGGAAAGCCCUGGUUCGCUACUCCUAACCACUGGAACUACGUUGCUGCUGCUAAGGCUGUUGAGAAGGUUUUCAAUGUCAAGCCUGAUAUGACACGUGAAGGUGGCUCUAUUCCUGUCACCUUGUCCUUCCAGGAUGCUCUUAACAAGAAUGUUCUUCUUUUGCCUAUGGGCCGUGGUGACGAUGGUGCCCAUUCCAUCAACGAAAAGCUUGAUCGUUCCAACUAUAUCCAAGGCAUCAAGUUGCUUGGCACCUACCUCCAUGAGAUUGCUGAAAUCAAGGCUGAAGAACAGUAA